AACAUGGACCUGCUUCCAGCCCAGGAGGCUGCUAAAAUCUACCACACCAACUAUGUGAGAAACUCUCGAGCCAUCGGCGUCAUGUGGGCCGUGUUCACCAUCUGCUUCGUCAUCAUCACCAUGGUGGUCUUCAUCCAGCCCUACUGGAUCGGGGACAGCGUCAACACGCCGCAGGCCGGUUACUUCGGCCUCUUUCACUACUGCAUCGGCAACGCGCUCACCUCGGAGCUCACCUGCAAGGGCAGCGUGCUGGACUUCAGCUCCAUCCCUUCUCCGGCCUUCAGGACCGCCAUGUUCUUCGUGGGGACCUCCACGCUGCUGAUCGUCGCCACGAUGGUCUGCUUCAGCUUGUUCUUCUUCUGCAACGCCGGCAACGUCUACAAGAUCUGCGCAUGGAUGCAGUUGGCCUCAGCCGCGUUGAUGGUGAUGGGCUGCAUGAUCUACCCGGACGGCUGGGACUCUCCGGAGGUGAAGAGGAUGUGUGGCCAGAGGACAGAUAAGUACAGCCUGGGGAACUGCACGGUGCGCUGGGCCUACAUCCUGGCCAUCAUCAGCAUCCUGGACGCCCUCAUCCUGGCACUGCUGUCCUUCACCCUCGGCAACCGGCAGGACAAACUGCUGCCGGACGACUUUGAGGUGGAGGGAGGAGCAGGUAAUGCAAACAGAUGA